AACGUACAAGAAAACUACCCUGUCCCCAACUCUUCCUGUCUUUCUCUAUACAUAUACAUACAUACAUAACUAUAUAUAUAUCUCUCUGUAUAUCUAUCUCCUGCCCUUCUUCCACACGACCCAUCAUCCAUUCUCGAUUCUCCAGGAAUUCGAUAAAACUGUCAAAGGAAUUGUGCUUCAGGUGAAGAGUCUCGGAGUGUAGCUAAAUAUGGCGGUAGCAUUUACCCACUUGUCUUGGUGGUUGUGGAGUGGAAAGCAUCAAGAUCCUAGAGGUUCCAAUUCAUUGAGCUCUGCACCUGAUGCAGAGUUGAGGGAACCAGAUACUUCUAAGUUACCUAUGACAAAUGGCAAGAAGAUGGCAUCCACAUCUAGAAGGGUCAAGAAAAAAGCACCACGAUAUAAGGAUAGGAAAGUUGUGAGAGAAUAUGAUGUUGUGAUUGUGCCAUCUGAUGGAGGUUGUUUUUCAGGAUCUGAGUCUGAUGAUUCGGAUUGGUCAAUAGGAUGGUUGGAGCCUCAUGGCCCUGGUUUUGACAGUGAUAAUGAAUCAGAUGACAGUUUUGCUGUGUUGGUUCCUUGUUAUGGACGUGGACGUAGGGAAAUGAAAGGCAGCGCAAAGGACAAGUUGAACAUAGUUGCACAAGUUCCUGAUAACAAAUACAUGGAACGGUGGCUCUCUUCUCUACAGAACAGCUGACUUGAAGAGCUGCCAUAUUAUAUAAUAUGCACUGCUGCUGCUUGUUUAUGUGGAAGAAUUGUUUAAAUAGAGUUAACAAGGGGGAUAAGCAAAGAUAUAAAUAAUAAUAUAAGCAAAACAGAUGUAAAAAAAAAACUUGAUAUGUAACAUAUUAGUUUGUAAAUAGAACUGUGUCGUGAUUGUUCUGUGGUGUGAAGACAGCUGAAGAUGAAGACUGGAUGAAGCUUUUGUUUCAUAGAAUUUCAAAGGAUGAAAUAUCAAGCUACCCUGUGGUUCUUGUUUAAUAUCAUUUACGGGUGGCUGAAAACAGUUUGGCUCUUGCCAGGAAAAGCGAAAAGGAUGCAUCAGAUGGGGAAAAAAAGGUGGUUUGUGAUUGUCUCUGUAACAUGUGAUUGAUGUAUAUAUGGCUGUACAUAAAAGCAUGUGAAAAAAAGGUCAAAAUUUUUCUUUGGACACUGUAAAUAAAUCCAUCGUCCAGAGGAUGAAAAAAAAUGAAAGAAAUUAAUUUGUAUAUAAAAGAAAAACAAACUUGUAGAUUACUGGGCAGUUUGGUUGUACCUUUAUUUCUUUUAAAGACUAUUAGUGAAAUUCAGCCGAAUGUCGAAUUACGGUGCUGGUUGUAUUUGGCUCAGAACAAGAGGAUUUGAAUUCUAGUUGUAAUGAUAUUUGAUAUUGUGUUUGA